CAAGAAAUUAUCAUUCUGGGAUCUUUCUCAGCGUUCAACGCCAUUUUGUUAAUGUUGUUGUAUUCAUGAGUUUACUUAUACGAAAUAAUAUUCAGCCAUGAGUUACUCAAGAGUUCCAAACAUUGAUGGAAUGACUUCAUUAAAAGUCGAUAAUCUAACUUAUCGAACAACUCCUGAAGACCUCAAGAGAGUUUUUGAAAAAUAUGGCGAUGUAGGUGAUGUCUAUAUUCCUCGUCACCCUUAUACUAGAGAGAGUAGAGGCUUUGCGUUUGUUCGGUUUUAUGACAACAGGGAUGCCGAAGAAGCCAUGGAUUCUUUAGAUGGUUAUAUUCUGGAUGGACGUGAGUUGCGUGUUCAAAUGGCCAGGUAUGGUCGUCCCGGCGAUCCCAGACGCGGAUCCAGGUCUCGACGCCGGCGAUCGCGAUCUAGGUCUAGAAGUCGUAGUAGAAGACGCUCCCGUUCCCGUUCAAGGUCAAGAUCACGUUCGCGCUCAAGAAGACACCGAAGCCGUACAAGAAGCAGGUCUGACAGUCGCCAUCGCCGAGAUGAUAGAUCUAGGUCUGAAAGUCCCAGUAAGAAAAAACGAGAUAGCAAGUCCAAGAGCCGUUCUAGAAGUUUAAGCCGGGAUAAAAACGGGGAUCGGGAUAGAAGUGGAAGCCGAAAUAAAUCUCGAAGUAGAAGCAGGAGCGAUAGUCCUUUAAAAGAACACGUUGGAAAUGAUGCAUUGAGGAGUCCAAGCAGAAGUCGUUCUCGUAGUCCAGAAAUGGAGGGAUGAACUCCAAAAUAAUGUGUUAAGCAUUGCCAUCAUUGUGCAGAGAAGCAAUUGCAAAUGCAGCACUUUUUUAAAGGUUAAAAUUUUUCUUGUAUCUGUGUUAUUUUGUACUUUUAUUAUGUAUGCUUUACGAAAUAACAGCUUGUCUUCAAAAUUUUAGUAGUUGUGUGAGCAUAAUAUUUGUGUUUCAAAAUAUCCUGUUAAUUUUCAUCAUUCAUGUUUAAGUAUAAUUUCAAUAUAAAACUAGAAAAUAUAUUUGUUUUGCAGUUAGUUCUUUGCCAGUAUACUUUACUGAAGUAUGGUAUGUAUUUGAAUUUAAAUAGCUGUACAUGUUGUAAGCAUUAUUAUAAUGUAAUGUGUGUCCAUUGUGUAUCUUCAUUUAUGGCAGAAAGCAUUUUACCUGUACAUUUUGAGACUACCAUCGUAUCUAUUAUAUGUGUUAUUUCAAAUUAAAAGACUAUUUGUAAAAUUUAAUCUAGGUGGAAAUUUAUUUAUAAUGACUUUCAUUUAAAAAAUUGUUCUGACACAAUUUUUGUAUUGUCUGUAACCACAGGCGCAGUAGUAUGCUGUAAUUGGUGAGCUGUGCCAGAUACUUCGUGCUGUUGCUGUGGUGUGCAGUCCCUGACCUGUACCUGAUCCGGUUGCUGAUUAAUUUCCGGGUUCCAGCGUAGCUGUUGUUCCAGGGAAUUGCUGAUGAAGUUCUAAUUUCUCUCUUGAUGAGACAUAAUGCUUAAAUUUCAGUUGGAACCCCUUGAAAUUAAAAUUUAUCAUUCAAAAUUUUAGUAACUCUGAUUUUGAAGCACCUGCUUCUGAGCAAAAAGUUAAUAUACACUGGUUCUGUUUAUUAAACAAUCCUUUCAAUAAUAUUUUUAAUUAAAACUAUUGGGAUUAAGUUUCUUAAAUAAUUGGAAAGUUUUGACCUUAAAGUGCAUGUGAUUAAAACUUUUAUUUUUAUAGUAAAUCCAUUUACGGUUUGAGCGAUUAAUUUUAUAUUUUACCUUUUUUCCCCCUCACCUUGAUUUGUUAUUUGUUUACUUAAUUAUUCACACUCUAUUUUCAGGCUGAAGCAGAAAAUAUUCCAUUUGUCAUGUGAUUUGUACAUCAUAUUUCAGUGUCAAUAAUAAAGGGGAAAAUGA